UGCAAACAAGUUCUCUGACGCCUCCACCAAGAUCUCAAGCACCUCAUCUCCUUCUCCCUCUCCGGCUCUUUCUCUUCCUCUGUGCCGAUCACAACCCGCACCUGGAAGACUACUAAACUGCAGGUGGGCUUCUGCCCAUUUUUUCAGGUGACCCAUUUGUGCUUGUGGCAAUCCGAGCGGGGGUCCUGCAUUUCCCCGCCCCACCUCCAUGUGUGGCAUCCAUCACGCUGCCCACGAUGGGAAAUGGGAUGCAGGAAUGGGUGGACCAUUCUGCUGAUGCUAUGGGGCCGGGUCUCUUCCUGAGGAGUUGAGGCGGGUGGGAAGAGAAACACGCAGCCUCUGGCGCCCGAGAACAGCAGGUCUCCAGCUUCUGCUGCUUUCUGUGCCGCCUCUGCUGCUUCCUCUUCCUUAGAUACCAAGUUAGCAACGCUAAACCAAUCCAGAGCCCCCCCCGCCUUCUCCCCCCUCCGCUCUCUAGGCUUCUCUCUCCAGCUCAGCUUUGCUUUCUCAGCCAUGAAGACCCAGAAACUGGGACAUCUCUUGCUCGGCUGCUGCUUCCUCCUCCUCCUCCUGCUGCUGCUGCUUCUGGGGCUGGCAGGAGCUGAACAGCACACUUUUGAUGUGACCAUUUGGCCGAAAAACCCUGUGGUGGUGCAUGGUGGGUCUCUCUGGCUGAACUGCAGUGCCAGCUGUCAGGAAACAGAUGCCAGGGGGAGCUUGGAGACAUCUCUGAUCAAGGAGAAGAGAGACAAUGGGACCGGCUGGGCAGCCUUCCAGCUUGUGAACAUCACGGAGUGGGCGCCCACUGCAGAGUGCUCCUUCAGCUGUUACGGAAAGCACAGAUCUGUGCAUGCAAACAUCACGGUGUAUCAGAUUCCAGAGCAGGUAGUGUUGGAUCCAUUGCCAGUGAUGGAGGUGGGUAAGGAAUAUAACUUGACCUGCCGGGUUUUCAGCGUUGCCCCCGUCCAGAACCUCACUGUGACCCUGCAUAAAGGGAAGGAGGAGCUGUAUGUCAAGACCUUUGAGGACCACAGUGACAAUGAAGCCAGUGAUGUUGUGGUGACUCACACCAUAGCUGCUCAGCAGGACGAGCAUGGGGAGGAAGUCACCUGCCAUGCAGCCCUGGACCUGAGGCCGGAAGGGCCCUUCUUGGAGAAGGCGGCCUUCAUCAAGGUCCUAAAGGUCUUUGGUUUCCCUGAGCCUUCCUUGAAGAUCUUUCCAUCUCAGACUCUUGUGAAUGAUUCUGUGACCAUUAUAUGCAAUUCUUCUGAUACUAAACCACCCGGCAUUUCUCUUCAAACCAAAAUUGCUUCUGGAAGGACCCUGGUGUCUGGCAACCAGCUCUCUCUGCAGUCCACCCUUACAGCUGAGAAGGAAGAUAAUGAGAGGGAAUUCAUAUGUGAAGCAGAAUGGGGGAUUGGUGGUGAGACCAUCCUUAAGCAGACGUCUGCCAAUCUUACUGUCUUCUAUGUGCCGGAAAUGGAUGAGUCCACUUGUCCCAGCAACCAUACGUGGGUAGAGGGGACACACCAAACCCUCCACUGCCUGGCUGAGGGGAACCCCAAGCCAACUGUGGCUUGCUCCAAAGAAGGUGUGGCUCACAACAUGGAAAAAGAGGAACGGGUUAACCAGACCCAAACCGGCGUCUAUAACUGCACUGCCACUAAUGAGCUCGGCUCCAUCACCAGAACAGUCACCAUCUAUGUGGAAUACGGGCCUCAGCUGAGUGAGUCUGACUGCCCAAGUAACCAAACUUGGGUUGAAGGCAGCCAACUGGAUUUCAUUUGCCAAGCUCAUGGGAUCCCAGUUCCAGAUGUUUCCUGCAUGAAAGAUGGUAAAGUGUACAAUUCCAACAAAUUGCAGAACAUCACACAAAGCCAUGCUGGUGUUUAUCACUGCAAUGCUACCAAUGCACAUGGAUCAAGCAGCAAGAUGGUCACAAGCAGAGUUGAGUAUGGACCUGAGAUGAAUGAUUUGAGUUGCCCCCAUAGCUGGAUCUGGACAUCAGGGACAGAGCAAAUGUUCAUCUGCUCUGCUGGGGGAGACCCAGAGCCAACCAUUGAGUGCAUUAAGGAUGGUGUGACGUACAGCCCUGGGCAUCUCCAGAGUGUCACCAGAGACUAUGCCGGCACUUACCUCUGCACAGCCACAAAUGUGCAUGGCUCCAGCACCAGAGCUGUGAGCAUUCAAGUGGAGUAUAAACCAGAAAUGGAUGAAUCUAGCUGUCCAAGUAACUGGAUCUUGGUGGAGGGGGCACUGCCCUCCUUUAUCUGUAAAGCUGAGGGGAUUCCGCCUCCAGAGGUUACAUGCACCAAAGAUGGCAUGACAUACUACCUUAGCCAAGGACAAGGGAUCCCACUCUACAAUGGAACCUUCUGGUGCAAUGCCACAAACCGGCUUGGGACAGUGGCUAAGGCAGUUGUGGUUACAGUGGAAACCAAACCUAAAAUGGAUGAGUCCAGCUGCCCAAGCAACCAGACCUGGCUUGAGGGAGCUUUGCAUUCACUGGCCUGUGAAGCCAACGGGACUCCCACCCCGCUGGUCAUUUGUGCCAAGGAGGGAGGCAUUGAGGAGUUCUACAGAGAACGGAAUGUCAGCAGGAAUGACUCUGGCAUCUACCAAUGCAAGGCCACCAAUGGCCACGGAACUGAGAGAUGGUUGGUGAAUGUGCAAGUGGAAUACAGGCCUGUUAUCUCCAUUCUGGCUGUCAGUGGUACCUUACCCAUCAGAAGGGGAGAAAACUUUACCAUCACCUGCCAGGCGGAUGGGUCUCCAGCUGCCAGCUACUCCUGGAAGGUGCCUCAGGCCUCCAACCUCAACUACGGUGGCAACAACAGCACAGUGACUGUUGCCAGCGCAGAUGGACAGAACAGUGGUGUGUAUGAGUGCACAGCCAGCAACAAGCAUGGGCAGCAGCACAGCCAGGUGGAGAUCAAGGUGGAAGAUCAUUGGCUUUACAUUAUUGCUGUCAUAGCAAUUGCUGCUGCCACCAUGUUGGUCCUGGGAGGAAUGGCUGGGGUCAUUUACUACCUCAAAUCCACAGCCUGUAAAAAAGGAGAGUACAAUGUCCGUGAUGCAGAGAAUUCCACCGAAGCUACUUGCCUAAACCGUGAGAGGACCUGUGAUGGUGACAUCUAUGGUAUACAGCUCACCAGAACCUGAACAAGUCUCUGGACAGGUACCUCAGGCCUUGCCUGCUGAGACACAGCCAGAGAGGGAUCGGUAAAAGACACCUUUCCUGUACAACCACCAGACUUCUAUCACCAUCUCUGUCUCUGAAGGAAGGGGUCAUACACUGGAUUAUACAGUGCUCUGCUUCACUGUGGAGUUGCUGAACAGCCCAUUGAGAGAGACACCAUUGAGGGUUGUCAGGGUGGAGAGCCAGUUUUUGUGCCCCAUGGUUAGGGUGCCAGCCAGACAUUUUGCAUGGCACUCUCCUACAUGGGUUUAUCCAUCUUCCUCCUCCCAGAUUCUCUGUUGCUCCUGCUGCUGGAAAUAUGGAACUGCAUUGUCUCUUCAAAAUGGUCAAUGGUCACUGCCAUUCUUAUUUGUAGUCUGUUUAUACAUACUUCAAAUGAUUUAAGCAUUAUUCUGCUUCACUCUGGGAGGUUGCAGUUGACUGGGGCCUUGCUAAAUGGUAAAUGGCAGCUUUGGAUCACAUAUUCUUGCAUGCGGAGCAGGACUUCAUCAUUUCUACGGCAAGAUGAAGAGCACCAUUUUUUAAAGAAAGAAAGAAAGAAAGAAACAUACAGUGGUACCUCGGGUUAAGUACUUAAUUUGUUCCGGAGGUCUGUUCUUAAGCUGAAACUGUUCUUAACCUGAGGUACCACUUUAGCUAAUGGGGCCUCCUGCUGCUGCCGCGCCGCCGGAGCACGAUUUCUCUUCUCAUCCUGAAGCAAAGUUCUUAACCCGAGGUACUAUUUCUGGGUUAGUGGAGUCUGUAACCUGAAGCGUCUGUAACCUGAAGCAUAUGUAACCCGAGGUACCACUGUACUCUGAAGGUGAGGAACCUGAAAGGACAUUGAACAACUGCACUUAUAAAUCAUUGGUUACCCAGAGACUGAGUCAAACUAGAUUAAAAUACCAUGAAAAUGUGCUUAAUCUGGAUUAACAUUGUUCCAUUGUAUCGUAACCAUCAUGCUAUUUUAAUUAUACUAAAGUAAAAUCCAUUAUUUUCUGAAAAACAAUAUGAGGAAAUCUAGCCGAAUCAAAUGAUUCCCAUUUAAAUCCAUGCCUUUCAUUAAGAUAGUUUAAUUGAUCAGCAUAUGUAGGUUCAAAAGCUGAACCUUUCCCCACCCACUGGACCUAAGUAUGAUGAAAUAUAAUAAAAUCAUAGCAUUGUAGAGUUGGAAGUGACCCUGAGGGUCAUCUAGUCCAACCCCCUGCAAUGCAGGAUUCUUAGCUAAAGCCUCCAUAACAGAUGGCCAUCCCACCGUUGCUUAGAAACCUCCAAGGAAGGAGAGUCCCCCACCUUGAGGUAGUCACAUGUCACUGCUGAAAUUUGGAGGACUGAAGCCCGAAGCUCAGGGAUGGGAGACCCCCAAGGAAGCCCACUUUGAGCUCCCCAGAAGAAAGGUGGGGUUUCAGGGUGUAAGAGAUGCUUAUGGCUGAGUUUCUGUUGAGAAAUCUGCCUAGAAGUUUGAAAAGGAGACCUUCCUCAGGGUGCUUCCAUUUAAAGAUCAAACUAUGCAUGAUGGCAGGUGUCAUGGCUAUAGGGUUGUUCUUGUUUUUAUUUGGAUUAUGUAUUUUGUGCUUUUAUAUUGUGAUUUUAUUCUGUGAACUGCCCUGAGACCUCCAGGGAUAGGGCAGUAUACAGAUUUAAUAAAUAAAUAAAUGCUUUUUUAGUCACA